GCUUUCAAUUUCUUUUCUUUUUUCCCUCUUUGUUUUUACUAAGAUUUUUGUAUAAAAGCUAGAAAUAAAAUAAAAAUGAGUAUCAGUUCGCAGACUGUUAACUUAAAAACCUGAGAAGAAUAUCAGUUUACCAGCUUAAACUGGGAAAGUGUUGGAAGUAAAAUGGUAUACGUAGUUUCCUGAUGAAUGUUAGCCUCAGUAACAAGGGGUGGUGAUAGUUCUUUAUUGUAUAUUCUGUUUACCUAUUUCUACCUUUUGUUUACUGUAGUAGUAGACGACCUAUUGAAAAAUGCAAAUAGAAGUAUGUCAGCCUUUUGCUCUCCAUUUACUUCAGUUGGGUUUAGUUGUUUUAGUAGAUAUUAAUGGUACUGAAUCACUUGUCAUUCGAUGCUUUUUCCAAGAGGGUCUUGCAAUGAUUGAUGAUGAUCUCAUAAAGAUGGUAAACGCCGGUAUUGGUUCCAUGCAUGUGUUUCUUUUGUUUAUGCGCAUCCAAUGGAGUUUAUACUUACGAUUCACACUUUUUUGAGUAAAAUCAUCUGUAAUUGGCUGGCUAGAUAGUAAGGAAUUAUGUUUAUGUACAUGAAGAAACGAAUCUUGUGGUGCUACAUUACUUCUGCCAGAAUGUGGAGCCAUUGUCAUAGCGUUAAUAAUGCAUACGUAACGUUAAUCAGCAGUGCUACGCAACGUGCAAUCUAGGCUGUGGAUUGGACAUAAACCACUUCAACGCCUUUAUACAUAACAGAUUUGAUUUUUGUUGCUUUAAAAAUACGUCUUUUUAACUUCUUUAAAGAAAUUGGGAAUAUAUUAUUGUGACGUAUACGUGAAACAUACUUCAAGGAUGUACGCUAGUUAGAUGAUAGCAUUCCAAGGAACAUUCUCGUGAUUUUAUAAUGUUUUGGUGUACGCUAGAUUAUCUUUUAUCUAUAUGACUAUAUGUGAACCUAUGCGAUAUGAAAUUAUAUGUUAUUAACAUAUUAAUAAUAUUUGGAUGAUUUAAUCUUAUUUUUCAUCUAUUUGGACAAAAACGUUUAUUUGUCACCAUCUGUAGAUAUCUAUUUUGUCACAGAAUGCUUGCAUUGUCAAAAUGAAUAAUUAAUUACGAUUCAAAUGUAUCGAUCAUUUUAUGAAAAGAAUAAAAAUUGUAUCGAUCAUAUGUGAAAUAUAUACAAUAGAUCAUUGUUACCAAAACAAUCAUAAAUCAAUUACUAAUGCUAAAAGAAAAAAGAUUAUAAUCACUAAUUAUAUGAAAACUUGCUUUUAAGAAAAAUAUUUGCUUAUAUUUUAAAAUUAAACUAUAAAAUCAAAAACAAGUGAAGUAAGAGAAAAUAAACAAUGAAAUGAAAGCAGAAAUGAAAAUGAAACUUCAGUAAUGUUGCUAUUUAGACAAAUGUUGAUUACUGUUACUUUCAAAGAAAAUAAAACUUAUUAUAAAUAUAAAUAAAACAAUGUUUCGUGGGAGCAAAAAGCAGCGAUAUUUUGCUAUAUAAAUAAAUUUGUUUAAAUAUUUAUCGUGGAGAAACUCUGAACGCAAAACGGACAUGGCGUCUCCAUCUUCCUCAUCAUCUUUCACGCUUUCCUCUCUGUUCGCCACCGCCGUCCUAAUUCUAGUUCUCUCAACCGCCGUAUCAUUGAAAUCGACGUUACACCCUCGCGACAUGCUUCCACAUUUGCCAAGACAAGUCUCGUGGCCCAUCCUCAACUCCCUUUACGGCGCAGCCGAUCUGCUUCCCACUUUCAUCGGAACAGCGAAUGCAGGAAACAACACCGUCAAGUGGAAAGGAGCUUGCUUCUAUGAGAACACAGCUCAUAUGGAGUUUCAUAACAAGUCCGGUAGCAAGUUUGGUGGAGGCACGCUUCACAUUAAGGCGGAUAAAGCACAUAGCUCGACUUGCAUGGAUCUUUAUGUCUUUGCAACUCCAUAUCGUGUGACAUGGACUUGGUACUUCAUUUCACGGCCACACACUGUAGAGUUCCCUGAAUGGGAUGGACAAGCCGAGUAUGAUUACGUUAAGAAGAAGGGAGUUUCGAUAUUCCUGAUGCACGCAGGGAUGUUAGGAACACUACAAGCACUGUGUGAUGUUUUCCCUCUCUUUACCAAUACUGGUUGGGGUGAAAGCUCUAAUCUCGCGUUUCUUGAGAAGCAUAUGGGGGCUAAGUUCGAAGCUCGUCCUGAACCAUGGGUCACCAAAGUCAACACUGAUGAUAUCCACUCAGGUGAUCUACUUGUUCUAUCCAAGAUCCGUGGACGUUGGGGUGGUUUUGAGACCCUUGAGAAGUGGGUGAGUGGGGCUUACGCUGGUCAUUCAGCUGUCUUCUUGAGAGACACACAAGGGAAGCUGUGGAUUGGUGAGUCCGGUAAUGAAAACGAAAAGGGAGAAGAUGUAAUAGCGAUAUUACCAUGGGAAGAGUGGUGGGAGUUUGAACAAAAAAAAGAUGACUCGAAUCCUCAGAUUGCAUUGUUACCUUUGCAUCCUGAUGUUCGUGCUAAGUUCAACGUUACUGCUGCGUGGGAAUAUGCUCGGAGCAUGGAUGGUAAACCAUAUGGUUAUCACAACUUGAUUUUUGCCUGGAUCGAUACCGUUACUGCAAACUACCCUCCUCCUAUAGAUGCUCAUCUUGUUGCCUCUUUCAUGACUGUUUGGAACAAAUUGCAGCCUGAGUAUGCUGCUAAUAUGUGGAAUGAAGCCUUGAACAAGCGUCUCGGAACAGAGGGUCUUGGUCUUCCAGAUGUACUGGUGGAAGUAGAGAAACGCGGAUCUUCUUUUGACAAAUUACUAACUGUACCUGAACAAGACGAUUGGGUAUACAGCGAUGGUAAAUCAACCUCGUGCAUUGCUUUCAUCCUUGAAAUGUACAAAGAAGCUGGCCUAUUCGGCUCAUUGGCUAGUUCUAUUCAAGUCACAGAGUUCACGCUAAAAGAUGCUUACAUGCUCAACUUCUUUGAGAACAAUGCAAGCCGUCUUCCAAAAUGGUGCAAUGACAAUGACAGUGUGAAGCUUCCUUUCUGUCAGAUACUUGGGAAGUACAGAAUGGAACUUCCUGGUUACAAUACUAUGGAACCUUACACCCAUAUGAAUGAACAGUGUCCAUCUCUGCCUCCAAAGUAUAACAGACCAGGGAACUGCUAAAACCCAUUAAAAUUCAACUGUUGUCUUUCCUCGUAUAUAUGUUUGUUAAUACCAACUUUUUUUUAACUCUUAACAACUUUUAAUUUGUUUGUAAAUAUAUUGAUAAGGUUUGUUGUAACCUACUGAAACUACAUAUUAUGUAAUUAUUUAUAUUAUUAAACACACAAAAUGGAAUUAAAAGAAAUCUUUUGAACA